UGGGAAGGGGAGCGCCGAGGUGACGUCAUAGUUAUCCACAUCCACAGCAGCGGGAGGAGGAAGAGGAGGAGUGAGUCGUACAGCCGCUCAUCCACCGGUGUCAUGGCUUCCUAACAGGAGCAGGAACCGACUGAGAGCAAAACAAGCGUUUUCUGUUGAAUGCUCCCACACUUUAGGCUCCACAUUUCCAGCACCCGUGGUUGGGACAGAGGGGCCCAGCCUCUCUUUUCACUCCCCCUCGUCAUCUGCAAUCCAGGAUAUACUUUUAAUAACAAGAUUUUAUUGGUGAAUUUCCAUUCGCGAACGGCGGAAGAUGGCCGACCCGGCGGAGUGCACCAUCAAAGUGAUGUGCCGUUUUAGGCCCCUGAACAGCUCCGAGGUGACCAGAGGGGAUCGAUACAUUCCCAAGUUCCAAGGGGAAGAUACAGUCAUUAUCGCGAGUAAACCCUACAUGUUUGACAGAGUGUUUCAGUCAAAUACCUCACAGGAACAAGUGUACAACGCCUGCGCCCAGAAGAUUGUAAAAGAUGUUCUGGAGGGAUACAACGGAACCAUUUUUGCAUAUGGACAGACUUCGUCUGGUAAAACACACACCAUGGAGGGGAACCUUCAUGACACAGAUUCAAUGGGAAUCAUCCCCCGGAUAGUUCAAGACAUUUUCAACUACAUCUAUUCAAUGGACGAAAACCUGGAGUUUCAUAUCAAAGUUUCAUAUUUUGAAAUCUACUUAGACAAGAUCCGAGACCUUUUGGAUGUGUCAAAGACUAAUUUAUCCGUGCAUGAAGACAAAAACAGAGUACCCUACGUCAAGGGCUGCACUGAGAGGUUUGUCUGCAGCCCAGAUGAAGUCAUGGAUACCAUUGAUGAAGGCAAAUCAAACAGACAUGUAGCAGUUACAAACAUGAACGAACACAGCUCCAGGAGUCACAGCAUCUUCCUGAUCAACGUCAAACAGGAGAACACACAGACAGAGCAGAAGCUCAGUGGUAAACUCUACCUAGUGGAUCUGGCUGGUAGUGAAAAGGUCAGUAAAACAGGAGCAGAAGGAGCUGUGCUGGAUGAAGCUAAGAACAUUAACAAGUCACUGUCAUCCCUGGGGAACGUCAUCUCUGCUCUGGCUGAAGGAACGGCCUACAUCCCAUACAGAGACAGCAAGAUGACCCGUAUCCUACAGGACUCGUUGGGUGGGAACUGUCGGACCACCAUCGUUAUCUGCUGCUCUCCUUCCUCCUAUAACGAGGCUGAAACCAAAUCCACUCUCAUGUUUGGACAGAGAGCUAAGACUAUUAAGAACACAGUGACAGUGAACAUUGAGCUCACAGCAGAGCAGUGGAAGCAGAAGUACGAGAGAGAAAAGGAGAGGAACAAGACCCUGAGGAACACCAUCACCUGGUUGGAGAAUGAGCUCAACCGCUGGAGGAAUGGUGAGAGUGUCCCAGUGGAGGAGCAGUUUGAUAAGGAGAAGGCCAACGCUGAGGUUCUGGCUCUGGACAACAUAAUCAACGACAAGCCUGUGUCUACGCCUAACGUUCCCGGUGUUCGCCUCACUGAUGUGGAGAAGGACAAGUGUGAGGCCGAGCUGGCCAAACUUUACAAACAGCUGGACGAUAAGGAUGAGGAGAUCAACCAGCAAAGCCAGCUGGCAGAGAAGCUGAAGCAGCAGAUGCUGGACCAGGAUGAGCUCCUCGCCUCCUCCCGCCGCGAUCACGAGAACUUGCAGGCUGAGUUGAACCGCCUCCAGGCAGAGAACGAGGCCUCCAAGGAGGAGGUUAAGGAGGUGUUGCAGGCUCUGGAGGAGCUGGCCGUCAACUACGACCAGAAGAGUCAGGAGGUGGAGGACAAGACCAAGGAAUUUGAGGCCAUUAGCGAGGAGCUGAGCCAGAAAUCGUCUGUCCUGUCGUCUCUGGACUCUGAGCUGCAGAAACUGAAGGAAAUGUCCAACCACCAGAAGAAGAGAAUGACCGAGAUGAUGUCAUCUCUGCUCAAAGAUUUAGCUGAGAUUGGAAUCGCAGUUGGCAGCAACGACAUCAAGCAGCACGAUGGCGGGAGCGGUCUGAUUGACGAGGAGUUCACGGUCGCUCGUCUGUACAUCAGCAAAUUGAAGAGUGAAGUGAAGACGAUGGUGAAACGCUGCAAACAGCUGGAGAACACCCAGUCAGAGAGCAACAAGAAGAUGGACGAGAACGAGAAGGAGCUGGCUGCCUGCCAGCUGCGCAUCUCCCAGCACGAGGCUAAGAUCAAGUCCCUGAGUGAGUACCUGCAGAACGUGGAGCAGAAGAAGAGGCAGCUGGAGGAGAAUGUGGAUUCGCUCAAUGAAGAACUUGUCAAGCUCAGCGCUCAGGAGAAAGUUCAUGCCAUGGAGAAGGAGAACGAGAUCCAGACGGCCAAUGAAGUCAAGGAAGCUGUGGAGAAGCAGAUCCAUUCCCACCGCGAGGCUCAUCAGAAACAGAUCAGCAGCCUGAGAGACGAGCUGGACACCAAGGAGAAGCUGAUCACCGAGCUGCAGGAUCAAAACCAGAAGAUCAUGCUGGAGCAAGAGAGGCUAAGGGUGGAGCACGAGAAACUGAAGAACACCGACCAGGAGAAGAGCCGCAAACUGCACGAGCUGACUGUGAUGCAGGACAGAAGUGAACAGGCCAGACAAGACCUGAAGGGUCUGGAAGAGACGGUGGCCCGAGAGCUGCAGACGCUUCACAACCUGAGGAAACUGUUUGUUCAAGAUCUGGCCACUAGGGUGAAAAAGAGCGCUGAGAUGGACUCUGACGACACCGGGGGCAGCGCUGCACAGAAACAGAAGAUCUCCUUUCUUGAGAACAAUCUUGAGCAGCUCACCAAAGUUCACAAACAGCUGGUGCGUGAUAAUGCAGACCUGCGCUGUGAGCUUCCAAAACUGGAAAAGCGCCUUCGUGCUACGGCUGAGCGGGUCAAGGCCCUGGAGUCUGCUCUGAAGGAGGCCAAGGAGAACGCCGCCCGUGACCGCAAGCGCUACCAGCAGGAGGUGGACCGCAUCAAAGAGGCCGUCAGAGCCAAGAACAUGGCCAGGAGGGGCCAUUCAGCUCAGAUCGCCAAACCCAUCCGACCUGGACAGCAGCCGGUGGCGUCUCCCACCCACCCCAACGUCAACCGCAGUGGUGGAAGCUUCUACCAGAACAGUCAGACGGUGUCCAUCAGAGGAGGCAGCGGCAAACCAGACAAGAACUGAGAAGCAGCAACAUGGAAGGAUAAUACCACAGAACUAGAAGAAGCCAAUAACACGCCGACACCCCCAUCUCCUCCCCUUCCCCCCUCCCCACCAACCUGUCAUUCCAUUACCCAGAAACCUAGCUCCUAGUCGCUGCUCUGGAGCCAAGAAGAAGUUUCUGAAUUAUAAAUAUAUAUAUAUAAAUAUUCCUGGCCUGUACAGCUCUGCCCACACCCCCACUCUCCUCCCACUUCACCUCCCACUUCACCUCACCUCUCAUCCCACACAUAUCUCACUUUCUCUUACUGGAUGUCAUAAAUUAUGGAGAGGGGAAAGAGACAGGUUUAAUUUUCCAAAAGUCAAGAUAACACAGCUUUUGCUGGGAGAAAACAUGGGCUUUUGUUUUUUGUUUUUUAUUAAUUUAACUUAAUUGCACAGUGUCAUGGGUCGUCAUCAUGCCAGUAGUCCUGCACUGUGCCCAGCUGAAUGUAACGGUAGAAAAGAAUCAGAGGAGGGAAAUAAAAAGAGCUGAAUUCAGCCGGUGAGAUCUCUGUUAACCCUGUAGGCCGGUUACCUCUGUCCAUGUCAUGAUCACGUGAUCGCUAUCGACAGUCGGUCGGUGACACACACGCCUCUCAUAUGCUCACCAUAUGCUUCCAUAUGUCUAAAACUAGAAAAAAGGCAGUUUGGAAUUGACUGGAUGGUGUCAAACACUGCUGUUCUGUCUGCUCUUGUUGUACAGAUGUAAAAAAAAGAAAGAAAAAGGCACCAGAGCACAGAGAGAACUGGACGGGGAAAAAGAAUGAUUUAAAAAAUGAAAUCCCAGGCAGUAGAGGUGUGUACUGUAGAUGUAUUUAACUAAAUACCCGUGGAGGUUGACUGUUUUUAUCAUUAAGUUAAAAUAAACUCUAAACAUGUA